AUGUUCACUCGCUUCUUUUUUUUCCUGCCUGCCUGCCUGCCUCCCCUCCGCCCUCCGGCUGCCGCCCAUCCUAUCUCCCACCAUCUCCACCACUAUCCACCACGUCCCAUCCCUUUCUUCGUCUCGACUCCCCUCCUUCGCGUGGCUGUCUGGUGCUUUUUUUGGGGUCCCAUCGCGUCACCCCUUGCGCUGCCGGUCGCUCUGCCGGAGGAGCCCAGUCACUCAGGUUUUAAAGGAAGAAAGGGAGACGGAAGGGAGGCGAAUCUUGCUGCUGCCGGUGUCCUUCUAUCAAAUCAAAAUCAUCCCUCUUGCGUCCCUCUCUGCAACCCGAUCCCUCCUUCUGCGCAUCGCUUGCAGGUAGUCGCUGUCUUGGAAUUUCUCGCGUCGCCCUUGUCACGCCCCGGCUCCUCCGACACGGCGAAGGCCCGGAAAGACAUUGCGUGUUUCAGGCGCGUGGCCCCGUGCCUCAGAGCGCGAAGAGUGCCGCUUGCGCUGGCCCUUUCCCACCCUCUCGUGAGGUGUAUGGAGGCUUCACGAAGCGCAUUCGAAGCCCCCCGUGGUCUCGGAAUAGGCUGGUGA